AUUCUAUUUAUUUUCUCAUUCCAAUGUUUAUGUUUAUCUACCGGUUACACUAAUUGUCAAGUGUUUCUCUAAUUAUAAUAUCUAAUUGUUUUCUAUUCUAAUUGUUACAAUGAGUGAAAUUAAGGUAACCCCUUUAGGUGCAGGGCAAGAUGUUGGUCGAAGUUGUAUCAUUGUGACAAUUAAUGGUAAAAACAUUAUGCUUGAUUGCGGGAUGCACAUGGGUUAUAAUGAUGAUCGUCGGUUUCCUGAUUUUAGUUAUAUAAUUAAAGAAGGACCUGUAACUGAUUUUAUUGAUUGUGUGAUAAUCAGUCAUUUCCAUCUUGACCAUUGUGGUGCUUUACCCUAUUUAACGGAGAUGAUUGGUUACAAUGGACCAAUUUAUAUGACCCAUCCAACAAAAGCUAUUUGUCCAAUUCUUUUGGAAGAUUUUCGUAAAAUUACCGUUGAUAAAAAAGGAGAAACAAAUUUCUUUUCUUCUCAAAUGAUUAAAGAUUGUAUGAAAAAAGUGAUCGCUGUUAAUCUUCACCAAGUAAUCCAAGUAGAUGAACAAUUGGAAAUUAAGGCUUAUUAUGCUGGACAUGUUCUUGGCGCUGCCAUGUUUAAGGUUUCAGUUGGUCAACAAUCAUUUGUCUAUACGGGAGAUUAUAAUAUGACACCAGAUCGUCAUUUGGGUGCUGCUUGGAUUGAUAAAUGUCGACCUGAUAUACUAAUCACCGAGUCAACUUAUGCCACCACCAUAAGAGAUUCUAAAAGAUGUCGAGAACGUGAUUUUCUACUUAAAGUUCACGAUUGUAUUGAGAGAGGAGGUAAAGUGUUGAUUCCAGUUUUCGCUCUUGGAAGAGCACAAGAAUUAUGUAUUCUAUUGGAAACCUAUUGGGAACGAAUGAAUCUUAAAGUACCGAUAUAUUUUGCGAUUGGAUUAACCGAGAAAGCGACCAAUUAUUAUAAAAUGUUCAUCACUUGGACCAAUCAAAAGAUUAAGAAAACGUUUGUUCAACGUAACAUGUUUGACUUUAAACACAUUAAACCCUUUGAUAGAGCCUACAUGGACAAUCCUGGUUCCAUGGUUGUCUUUGCUACUCCGGGAAUGCUACACGCUGGACUGUCCCUUCAAUUGUUCAAAAAAUGGGCUCCGUUUGAAAAUAACAUGGUCAUUAUGCCGGGUUAUUGUGUCGCUGGUACUGUUGGACAUAAGAUUCUUGGAGGAGCGAAAAAGGUUGAAUUUGAAAACAAACAAGUUAUCGAUGUGAAAAUGUCAGUUGAAUACAUGUCUUUCAGUGCUCAUGCCGAUGCCAAGGGUAUCAUGCAAUUAAUAACCCAAUGUGAACCUGCUAAUGUAUUACUAGUCCAUGGAGAGGCAACUAAAAUGUCAUUUUUAAGUCAAAAAAUUAAGCAAGAAUUAAAUCUUGAAUGUUAUAUGCCAGCCAAUGGUGAAACAGUUUCCAUUCCAAUUAAAUUGACAGUUCCUGUUGAUGUUUCCCGUAAAUUGUUGAAAUCAACCCUUCAUAGACCUUUAAGUGGAACAGAAUUGGAAGUUAAAAAACCUCGACUUCUUCAUGGAACUUUGAUAAUUAAAAACGAUGAAUCGGGAACAACUUUCCAACUGAUUGAACCUGAUAAAGCGAUGAACGAAAUGGCAAUUAAACCUCAUCAGAUACGAUUUACCUCCUCAGUUCGUUUAGAAGAUACUAAACGUCGACCAGCUCUUCAAUUGUCCGAAAUUAUAUUUAAAUAUUUAAACUCUAAACUUCGUGAUCAACAUACAGUUACCUUUUUGAACGACGCUUCAAUCAUGGUCUCAUCGAUAAUGCUUCGAGUCGAUAUGACCUCCGAAGAUGAUUAUAAAGAUGUGUACAUUUCAUGGGCAGAUAUCGACGAAUCUCUUGGUUCCUAUGUGGUCAGUCUAAUCCAAGAUGUUCAAAGAACUUUAUAAAUCACCAAUAAUUAAUUACAAUUGUCAUCAACCAUCACCACCAUCAUCAUCAUCAUCUAAAUUGUAACAAUAAUAAUGUAAACAAUUGUCAAACAACGACAAAGUUUUUUUUUAUAUCAUCACCUUUACGAUCGGAUAAACUAACAGAACAAUCAAUGAAAAACAAAA